GUGUGCUCCUCUUUCGAAAACGGUGUCCAACACCGAGAAGGCACCUGCAGUUGAAUAACGCCCUUGUCUCUUUGUAGGAACAUGAGGUGGAAAAGAUGUUCACCCUCAAGCCGGGCCGUCUGCCCCAGGCUGACGUCAAGAAUAUCAUUUUCUUCGUUAGGCCCAAGCUAGAGCUAAUGGAUAUAAUUACAGACAAUGUGCUCAGGGAAGACAGAGGCCGUUCUCCCCAGAGGGACUUCCACAUCCUGUUUGUGCCGCGGCGCAGCCUGCUUUGUGAGCAGUGGCUGAAGGAGCAGGGCGUGCUGGGAUCUUUCAUCCACCGAGAGCAGUACAGCCUCGACUUGAUACCCUUUGACGGAGACCUGCUGUCCAUGGAGUCUGAGAGUGCAUUUAAGGAAUGUUACUUGGAGAGCGACCAGACAAGUCUGUACCAUGCGGCGAAGGGGCUGAUGACACUGCAGGCUCUCUAUGGAACCAUCCCUCAGAUCUUUGGGAAGGGGGAGUGUGCCCGGCAUGUGGCUAAUAUGAUGAUCAGGAUGAAGCGUGAGUUCCCUGGAAGCCAGAACUCGAUAUUUCCUGUCUUUGAUACCCUCUUGUUGCUGGACCGUAACGUUGAUCUGUUGACACCUUUAGCUACGCAGCUGACGUACGAAGGGCUGAUUGAUGAAAUCUAUGGAAUUCAGAACACUUAUGUGAAACUCCCUCCUGAGAAGUUUGCCCCAAAGAAGCAGGGUGAGGGUGGGAAAGAUCUCCCCACAGAACCCAAGAAGCUCCAGCUGAAUUCUGCUGAAGAGCUGUAUGCGGAAAUCCGCGACAAGAACUUCAAUGCUGUGGGGUCAGUGCUGAGCAAGAAAGCCAAGAUCAUCUCAGCAGCCUUUGAGGAAAGACACCAUGCUAAAACCGUCGGCGAGAUUAAGCAGUUUGUCUCGCAGUUGCCACACAUGCAGGCAGCAAGGAGUUCUCUAGCAAACCACACCUCAAUUGCAGAACUCGUCAAAGACAUCACCACAUCAGAAGAUUUCUUUGAUAAUUUAACAGUGGAACAAGAGUUCAUGUCUGGAAUAGACACAGACAAGGUUAACAAUUACAUUGAAGACUGCAUUGCUCAAAAACAUCCGUUAAUCAAGAUCUUGCGUCUUGUUUGCUUGCAAUCUGUAUGUAACAGUGGACUGAAGCAGAAGGUUCUGGACCACUAUAAAAAAGAGAUUCUGCAGACUUAUGGCUAUGAACAUAUUUUGACCUUAAGCAAUUUGGAAAAGGCUGGACUCCUGAAAUCUCAGACAAGUGGUAGGAAUAACUACCCAACAAUCAGGAAAACCCUGCGCUUAUGGAUGGAUGAUGUUAAUGAACAGAAUCCCAACGAUAUCUCCUACGUUUACAGUGGCUACGCUCCGCUCAGUGUGCGCCUGGCACAGCUACUGGCUCGGCCAGGGUGGCGGAGCAUAGAAGAGGUUUUAAAGAUGCUGCCAGGCCCCCAUUUUGAGGAGAGGCAGCAGUUACCUACUGGCCUUCAGAAAAAGCGUCAACACGGUGAGAACCGAGUCACCCUGGUGUUCUUCCUGGGAGGCGUGACAUAUGCAGAAAUAGCUGCACUGAGAUUUCUGUCUCAAAUGGAAGACGGAGGCACAGAGUACGUCAUUGCCACCACAAAACUGAUCAAUGGAACAAGCUGGAUCAAAUCCCUGAUGGAAAAACUGGAGCCUGCCCCUUUCUAGGGUCUGUGGCAAGAGACUGUAAAACUGAGAGGCCGUGUGUGAUACAGGCACAUCGGUCCCUGGUCUUCUGGCAUGGCUGCUUGGACAUCAGGGAAACGUGAUGGUGGAAGAGACUCUCCUGAAACCAGUUCAUGAUGCAGUUACCCUCAUUCCUCUCUGCACUCCUUUGUUCCUGCUCCUUGUGGCACUUCCUGACAGACAAGCAGUGCUGAAAGGCACUGUCAAUGAAAUAAACAAUAGGAGAAAGAGAAGUCACUGCCUGUGGUCUGAAUCAGCAACCAAGUGCUAGGGGAGGGAGCCUGCUCCUUCCAUUUGACAGUUUGCAUCUUUCAGUUUAGUUUUAAUCUGGUGCUGUGAUUACUUUUUUGUCACCUCCCUAAGACACGCAGGAGGCAGGAUAGCUUCUCUUCCUGAUUGCAUACCAAUAUUCCUAGUCUCUCUCAUCUGAUAAUUCUGUCAAUGCGCUGAGAUCUGUUGCUAGCAGAGAUCUGUACUCAGCUGUGCUUUAAAAUGCUGUCAUAGGAGGCCCUCUAAAAUGUACUGAUUUCCUUUCUGUUCUAAGGAAAGGAGCUCCCUCCACAUUCUCUUAUUUACUGUUAGCUACAAAGGUCUCCUUUCCGGGCCAUGUUUGGGCUCUGUCCGGAACUAUUGCUUUUGGACCCAGUUCUUUGUAGCAGUGUCUAUCCACUGUUUAGACCUACAACCAUUCUUCGUUCUAGGCUUAUUCCUGCUACCAUAUGUGUGUUCCCAGUUACCUUAUCUGACCCAGUAAUUUUUUGUGAUGAUGUUCUUUUUACUACUUAGUGAUACUUUUGUUGAGAGCUUGUAGCAAUGCACAUGAAUUGAACUGCAAUUAGUGAUAAAAGUAAUGGCAAAGAACAAAGAUGUGGCAGAAGGUGCUUUCUUUCCUCCACCAUCAUUGCAUGGCUUUAAAGAAAAUUUAAAACUGUAACUUUUUUUCCUUUCUAGCACUUGCAAGAUUUGCACCAUUAUUAUGUUGCUAGAAAGGUCACGGCUUGGUAUUUCUGAAGCUGAGCUACAGUAUUUGCAACACUAGCAGGCCACGUGGUGUAACCCUUUCAGUUUGUCAGCUCAGUGGGGACUUAAGAGUGACUUUAUAUAAUCAGAAAUGGAGAAAUGGAAGUUGCCAUCACAGCUGGGUGAUGAGAGGAAAAGCCCUAGAUGAAGGCUGUACUGUGGGUUCAGCACUUAUCAGCUAGGGUUCUGCACAUGGUGGGGGUGGGUGUUUUUCUGCGCUCAGCUUUCUCAUGGUAGAUGAGGAACUUCUGCUUCUCUAAGCUCCAGCAUGUCAUGUGACAAGGCAGCCAAACAGGCCAGGCCACAGCAACUAAAUUUUUUUUCUUGGCAACUGAUUGUGCAAUGGAAAGAUAGCUGCUGCAAAGGGGAUGCAGUAAUAUUUUUAACUGCAUAGGUUCAGAUACACUCCGAGGGGGAAAAAAAAAAAAAAACAACAAAAA